UUUUACUACCAUUUUUAUUAAUAAUUAUCAUUCCAUAGAAUACAAAAUUAUCUUUGAUUAGUUUAUUUUUAUUAGCUAGUUUAUCGAUUAUUAUUACUAAAUAAAAUCACCCAUAUUAUAUUGUGCACUGGACGUUUUGGGAAAACGCGUAUCGCCAUUGCCCAACGAUAGAGAUCAGUGUGUUAGCUCCUUUGGUAGGUUUAACUAGAUUUAAUAACAUAAAUAAUAGCCUACUAAUAUACAUUUAUAAUAUAUUAUUUAUGCGGCCGCGACAAACGCCGGACACAACGUACAACAGCAGUCGUUAUUCUUUUCACGUCGACGUUAUACCUAGUUUUGCAACAUGCGUUUUACCGUAGCUUUUGGCUUGUUGUUGACGGUAUGCGGGUUUGGCAGCGGGGCCGUGAUCACGGAAACGGAUUGCCCGUACCUGGUGCUGGACGAUGAGUCCAAAAUCAUCGUGGCCGAACACCCCGGAAUGCCGGCGGCCAACAAGACACAGCCGCGGAUCGACGCCUUCAUCACCACACAGUCGCGAACCAGCCCCGGCAACCUGACCGCCGUCGCCAACGUUCAGUACAAAUGCGCCGACGGAUUGCCGGCCAAGCGGGUCCAGCAGUUCCGCCACUGUUGCAGCGGCGCCUUCGACGAAAAAACCAAAAAGUGCGAUAGCGUUUGCAGGUCCGCGCCCCAUAAGAGCAGAGUACGAAGAUCAGAUGAUCCAUGUCCGUUCAAGUGCAAGCUCAUGUCAGCCGGCUUGUUUCUUUUUGAAUUGAUAUUAAACAUAUUUCCCACUGUUUGGUAGAUCGUAAUCGGAUUUUUCUUUGUCAUGAACAACAUCCAAGUGUGAUCGUGCUGAGGUCGACCAUUUUUUUUAUUUUGUAAACAAUUCAUAAUUAAAACGAUUCCAGAUUUGUGUGCAACCGCAAAGACAUCGGUUUUACCGGGUCUUAUCCACAUCUGGUUUACAAAGCCAUUCAAUAAAUUUGACUUCCUUAUCUUAGCGAUUUUUCAAUAUAAUCUUAGAUUAUUUUAGUACAACAUUUUUCUACAAAAAUCAUUAUAUAUUAUGUGUCACAUGUAUUAUGUUAAAUUUGUUUUUAUUAAUAAGAAUAUUUAGUAACAAUAUAAUAUUGUGUUGUGUUUUGA